AUGAUGGCGGCAGCGCUUGAUCAACCCCUGUUCGAAUCAAUUGCGGGCCCUCCAGCAACCGACGCGGCUUCGAUCACUCCUCCCCAUAGCGCCAACGGCAAGAAGGAGGUCCCCGAUGGCGUCCCAUCGGAGCUGUCGGAUCUCGAGCUGGAUCCGAAUGCCGCCGGAGCGCCGGACAUGCCGUCGGUAGAGGAAGAGGAGGAUGAGAUUGAACCGGACCAUUAUUAUGGCGGCGGCAAGAUCCCCGUGUUCAAGCCGACAAUGGACCAGUUCCGCGACUUCCAGCACUUUAUCAACAAGGUGGAAAGCUACGGUAUGCGGUCCGGCAUCAUCAAGGUCAUCCCUCCGAAGGAGUGGUCCGAUUCCCUCCCUCCUCUCGAUGAAGCCGUCAAGAAGAUUCGCGUGAAGAAUCCGAUCAUGCAGGAAUUCCACGGUUCGCACGGAACCUAUACCCAGGCCAAUAUCGAGCGACAGCGGUCUUACAACCUGCCUCAGUGGAAGGGAUUGUGCGAGGAAAGCAGUCAUCAGCCGCCCGCCCGCAGAGGUGAGAGGCGCCGCAACCAGGAGCGAGUCAACCGUGCUCCGGCGGCUCCCAAGUCACAAAUUGCGCGGUCCGAUUCUCAAAAACGUCGCCCCGGCCCCGGACGUCCCCCGAAACGAUCAAACCAGGUCAAGGUGAAAGAAGAACCGACCGAGGAUGGACUUGAUAAGAUCAAACCCGAAGGCCCGCCGACUCCGGUGUCCCCCGAAUCGAAUCCGGUCGAGGCGAAGACGGAGGAAUUAAGUGACGGAGAGUCUUUGCCCGCGCCAAAGCCCAAGGGACGACAGCCCAAAUCCGUGACGUCGCGGAGAAAACACAACAAGGGGGAUGCGGUCGACCACGUGGACGAGGAAAUCUUCCGGGAUUUUGACUACCGCAUCCACGACCAUGGAGCCUACACGCAGGAACGAUGCGAAGAGCUUGAAACCGCCUACUGGAAGUCCCUGAUGUUCAACAACCCCAUGUACGGUGCGGACAUGCCCGGAUCGCUCUUCGACGAGAACAUUACCACGUCGUGGAACGUGGCCAAGUUGCCCAAUAUCUUAGAUGUUCUGGGACAGAAAGUACCUGGUGUCAACACUGCGUACCUCUACCUGGGUAUGUGGAAGGCCACGUUUGCCUGGCAUUUGGAAGAUGUGGAUCUCUACAGUAUCAACUACAUCCACUUCGGUGCUCCGAAACAGUGGUACAGCAUCUCGCAGGAGGAUGCUCCUCGCUUUGAACAGGCCAUGAAGAGUAUUUGGACCAGCGAUGCAAAGAAUUGCGACCAGUUCCUUCGUCACAAGACCUACCUAGUUUCUCCCAGUCUCCUCAAGUCCCAGUACGGCAUCACGGUGAACCGGCUGGUCCAUUACGAGGGCGAGUUUGUCAUCACCUACCCAUAUGGAUAUCACUCCGGAUACAACGUGGGAUACAACUGUGCUGAAUCCGUCAACUUUGCUACCGAGAAGUGGCUGGACUACGGUCGCGUCGCUAAGAAAUGCCACUGUGAAGCCGACAGUGUCUGGAUCGACGUCGACGAGAUCGAACGCAAGCUGCGGGGCGAAGCAACUCCAGAUUACUACUACGGCGAUCUCGAGAGCGACCUGGACGAAAUGGAGGGAGUUUCGGAUCUUUUGACUCCACCACGCAGUGUCCCGGAGAAAACCCGUGGUCGGAAGCGAAAGCACGACGGUGAAACCACCAAGGCCAAGCGCAUGCGGGUCAAUGUGGAGCUGCCGAGAAAGACCCCCUGCGUCUUGUGCCCCAAUAAUCUGGAUUACGAGGAUCUUCUGCCGAUUGAGAAUGGAGAGUCCCAUGCUCACCGGCGUUGUGCGCUGUACAUCGAGGAGACCAGUAUUCUCCGCGAUGAAUCCGGUAAGGAAGUGGUGUGCGACAUUGACAAGAUCCCCAAGGCGCGGAUGGGCCUGAAGUGUCUGUUCUGCCGGGAAGUUCGUGGGGCUUGCUUCCAGUGCAACUUUGGUAAAUGCACGCGGUCCUACCACCCCACCUGUGCUCUCCUUGCCGGCGUUCAAGUGGAACAGGGUCUGGUCGGCGUGAUCGCAGAUGACGGCAAUCAGUACUCUAUCCCUAGCGUCGAUCUAAAGUGCAAGUAUCAUCGGCAGAAGAAACCCACGUGGUUGAACGGCUGCGAAACGCCCGAUCAGGACCGUAAGUUGAUCGAAUCGGCGCAACGACUGGUGGUGGGCGAGCUGGUGCAAUUCCAAGCCGACAAGGAAAUCAACGGGGCGGUGGUCCUGGAGAACCGACCGAGUGAGCGGGCGUUGAUGGUUAAAGUGCUGCCACGAGGGGAUGUAAUCGAAUUACCGUACCGGUGGAUGCUUGUCGUCCGACGGAGCAAUUUCGCAGUGCUAGCACCAGGUACCCAGCCGCUGCCUGCCCACCUGGCUCGGAAGCCCGAGGGCCGGAAGGAGUUCGAAUCGGCGGUGCCGGUGGCAGGCAAUCCAUUUGGCGAUGAGCGAUCUCCGUAUCAGUGGGCCGAGUUCGAGACGGUCGACAACGCUAAUCCGCGAGCCCCACCAUCGGGCAAGGUUGAUUUGGACAAGAACGAACAGAUCUGGUAUUAUCUGGGUCCGUCGUCCACCGAAUGUAGGGCUCAAUAUACGCACAACCCUAGCGUGUCCGUCCACAACCCGCGGUCAAAUUUCCUAGACAGCGUUAAGUCCCUUGGCGCCGUGAUGGCCCGACUCCCCUCCUCUGCCUACCCCCACCAUCUGCCGGUGGUGCCUCCUUAUGCAGUGGCUUCUGCUGCUGCUGCUGCUAAGGCUGCCCCUCCUUCUCACCAACACCACCGCAAUAACCACCUCUCACCUGCCACCGCCACGUCCACCACUACCGUCUCCGCCGCCGCUGCUGCUGCUGCUGCUGCUGCCACUUCUUCCCGCCCUUCCCUGUUGCAGCGCCCUCUUGCCCCUCCUCCUCCUCGUGCUCCCGCUACCUCUGCUGCUGCCUCUCUUACUGCGAUGCCGUCGGCCUAUCGAUCCCUGCCAACUAAAACUGCCCGCCAUGCACCGUAUCCUCAAUUUGCCAAGUCUCAUCAGUCCUCCUCCCACCUUUCUCAGCAGCAAAGUAACGGCCAUCACCCCCAUCAUUUACCGCCUCAGCAGCAGCAGCAGCAGAAACCUCAACACCUCCCCGCCAAUACCUUCGCCAACGUUCGUGAACUCGUGGCUCGCCGCCGGCUGACCCAGAUUACCGACCAUGCCAAUAUCUUCGCCGGGUAUACCAUCGUCAGCCCCGAGCUGGUCGUUGAGUCAUUGAUGGGACCCAUGGGCUCCGUGCCACCGCCCAAUGGUCUGGAAAAGUUGGAGCUCGCCAUGGCCCAACAACGGGUGCAGUCUCGAGCCGCGGACGGGACAUUACAACCGGUACAGCCGCUGAACAUGCGUUCGGAGGAGGUCAACCGGUUGUUGCAAAUGCUCCGGUUCUCGCUCGUCAGCUACCUGGAACGUCUGGACGUGCUGCAGAAAAAGGAGUCGGAAAAUACCAAACUCCCGGCGGUCAACGGGAACGGUGCUGCCAAGUUGCCCCGCAAAUAUGCGUACCUCGAGCAGCAGCAAGAGCAGGUUCCGACCGUGUACCUGUCGCCGUACGAUAUGCCGUCGGGGUUCACCGAGCAUGCCCAAAAGACUUUUGGACUGACCCCCUGCCAGCCCGAGCUGCCGAAACCGUCGCUCGCUAACGACUAUUUCGCCGGUCUGUCGCCCGAGGACCAAGAGAAAAUCCUGAAGACAUGUGGCAGUUUCGUGCAACGGGCCAUCGAGCGGUCCACGAGUCAUAGUCGACAGAGCUCCGCCUCUAAUUUCCGAUUGGCAUCGGCACUGGCCCAGCAGACUGAGAAUCCCACCAUCGAUAUCACGACGGUCGAGGACAUGCCCUUGUCGGGCUUGGACUUCCCCUUGCAUGCGGACUCGCCGUGCUCAAGUUUCAGCCGGUCGCACCUGCGAUUCCAGUCUCCCAACGACUUCACCAACCACGGGACCGAAGUGCAUCACGACCACCACGACCUGUUUGGCGACCAACAAGCGAACACACGGUUUUGGCAACAUGGGCCGUGGGCGGCCGGCGACGGAAACACUCCCAACGAAGAGACCCGACCGUUCUUCGGUCCGCACGAACGGCUGAAGCAUGACUAUGCCUCGUCAGAUAUCUCACUGGGGCGUGGCGGCCCGGGUUCUCUGCAUUCCGUCGACAUGGCCGGGUUCGGGCUGGACGGUACAGACGACCUCGGUAACGUUCUCAGCCCUUGA